UUAAAUUUUACGCAUUUUAUACAUUUACCCGAUUUUAAAGGGUGCUUUUUAUAUGUAUUUUAUAAGUAGUACUUAUUGAAUAGCUGUGAUAACGACAUAACUGAUCUGCGUCACUGGUUGCGUUCUUGAUUAUUUGUAAAUUUGUUUUAAAUUGUGAUACGGCUGCAAUGAAACAAAAGUUAUAUUAGAUCAGAAUGGUAGCUGCUGGAGCCACAGUUUUAAUGGCAACCAGUGAAGAAAGUUCUUCAAAUGGAACACAAAAUAAUUCCACACGAUAUGAGAAUCAAAAUGUUUGUUCUCAUUAUAAUGAAGUGCAUCAUAAUCAGCAAAAUUCAGAAUGUCCAAUUAAAAAGAAUAUAACAUCCUGUACUGUGAAUAAGAAUAAAAGUCGUAGCUCCAUGUUGGAAAAGAAUAGUCGGUUGAUUUCAAGAUCAGAAAAUAAAGAGAGUAGCAAGAAUCUUGCAUUGUAUAAAACAGCACCAAUUCGUGAAACUAAAGCUUCUAGAUUACGUGCUGCUUCAAUUUUACAAUCACCUAAUGGUGGAACAGUGUUAUCAAGGAGAUUAGGUAUGUCUGAAACUUCUACACCUUUGGGUCUUCAACCUAGUACUAGUUUAUCAGUUAAAGAUGAACAUUCAAUAUCAAGUAAUAGUAGUAUUAUAAAUUCUGUACGAGAAAGGGAUAAAAGCUAUAAGCGAAAAUCAUAUUUAAAUCGGUCACUAAAUAUGGAAACAACAGGAGAUCGUUCCAAUCAAUCUGAAUGUAAUAUUAGACAAACCAGAAGACAAUCAAAUAAACAAGGUCACAUAUCUGAUGCAAUAUCUACUUCAAAUUCUAGUAAUCAACAUCAAACAACAACUAAUUUAAGUAAAAAAUCUCUUGAGUCAAAAGUGGCUUCCUCAAAAGUUAAAGAAAAUUAUUCAAAAACUUAUACAUUGCCUUCUGUUAACUUUCCUGUUAAUACUAAACAUUCAAAUAUACAACGAACUACUAGCGGCGGACAUAGUGAUUCAGAAGUUUCGCGAAGAGUUGAUGCAUUAACAGCAUUAACAAAAUCUGCGAUAGAACGCGUAGAAAGACUUGCGUCGCACGUAAAUCUAUCGACAAAUUAUGGACCACGGUUGGAGAACCAUUUAUCUAAUACAACAUGCCAAGGAAAUUCUUCUACUACUACAGAAAGUAAUACAAGUAAUGCGCGUGCAUUGCAAUCAUCACCAAGAAAAAGUUCUAUUUUAAAAAAGGCAAAUGAUGAACACUCUCAAGAAGGACCUUUAAAUCAUCAACAUACACCAGUUUCAAUUCUCAAACAUAAGAUAUCUGAUAGUGAUACAGGUCAAAAUUUAUCGAAUUCUGUGGGCCAUACAGUUUUACCUGUGACAUUUUCACCGUCUGUAAUGGAACCGACGCAUAAAAGACAUGGCAUUUUAAAGAAACGUAGUAGUUUGGAUGAAAGUGAAAUACUUCGGCGGCGUAGUUGUUCACCCGACAUUUCAUCUACCGAUAAUACAUAUUCUGAAUUCAGGCCAAUAUUAAAGAAUCAAAGGCGAUCAUCUCUGGACGAAAUUAUCAAAAGGGUUCAGAGUCCAGAUCCUCAGCCUACUUCCAUAUUAAAGAGAAAAUCAUCUAGAGAAGAUGAUAGGGAGGAUCGCCAGGUUGGUUCUUUAGAACCGCAGGGUAUACUUAAAAGAAAGUCUACAAAUAGCCUACGAACAACUAGCGUUAAUCAUCAUGUGACCAUUACAAUGGAUGCAACAAGUGUGAGUGGUCCCGAAAUACUAGACAGUUCCGAAGUGAGGCCAAUCUUAAAGAAAAAGCACAGUAGGGAAGAAUCAUUUGGUAGCGAUCCACCAUCUUUAGAACCACGACCAAUACUGAAGAAAAAGUCAAGCACUGAAUCAGAUGAACACGACGAUAAACCGAAAAAAACUAUUCUAAAAUGUACUCGGAAAAACUCACAGGAUGAAUGUAAUUACGAAACAGAAUUAACGUCACCAAAAAAAUUGUCAAUGCUUAGAAAUCGUGCUUUACAAAGUAGAACAAGUGGAGCGUUGGAAAAUGAUCCUGUACGACCUAUAUUAAAGCAAUCUGGCAAUAGAGACAACGAAUUGCGAGUCCGUCAAACAAUCAUUAGUGAUGAUAUAUCUGCUGAGCCAGCAGAUUUAUUUUUGCGAAAAAGAGCUCAAUCUGUGGGUCAUAUGCAACCCUCCAGCAUUCCUAUUGAAUUCAUUGGUGUACUUAACAAACGAAGAUCUCUUGAAUUAAUAUCUGUGAACGAUACAUCGGAAGAAAAUACGCAAGCGAAAUUAACAACCGAUAGCGUCUAUUUAAAAACAAACCUUUCUCUGAGUGAUGAGAGUGCCAAUACUUCUACUGUUCCUUCUGACACACAAUACAGCAUAACAAGAGAGACACUUGCAGACAAGGAAAAGCAAGCGGUCACAGUAUUUGAGACUGCAGAAGGAAGUGAAGUGAAUUUGUAUGAACUUCCUAUAAAUAAUAGUAUUGAUAAUAGUACUCCACUUUCUACUAAAAUGAGUGAUAAAGAAUAUUCAAAUGAUGAAGUACCACUUUUGCAAGGAAAAUCAGAUGAUGGAAAUACUCAAGGAAGUAAUGGGAUGCACCAUAGCAACAGUGUUUCUAAAAUGGCAUUGCAUUUUAAAGCAUUACAAGAAAAAGCAAAUUCGAAAGAAAAGGAUGGUUUGUCUCAAAAGACAUCGAGUAAAGGUUCACGUGGCAUACAACGUUAUAGAGAACGAAAGAAUCAAGGAAACGAUAGAUUUAACACGCAACCGGUAACUUUUCAAGAAGUGCAGGAAGCGGUUUUACAAAAUCAACGCAAUGCUACAUCGGCUAGAAAAUCGAGUUUGACAGAAGAUAGUUUAACAGCAACUGAUGAUGAGUUUGAUCCUUCUAAAUUAAGUUUGGCAGAACGAGUGCGUUUAUUUAAUCAAAAAAUUGAUACUGAAAAGAAUUCAGUAUCCAAUAACGUAUCAUUAGAAAGGCAUUCGCGUAGACGGCCAGCUGCUCGUUAUAAAACACAACCAGUUACAUCUGAAGAAGUUGAAGUAGCGUCUCGAAUAUCCCCAUUAAGUACUAUUAAUCAAUCUUCUUUAGAUACUGGUGAUGUACCAAAAAGCAUUUUAAAACCUGUAACGUUACACGCGCAUAGUUUGCCCCGUGCAAAAAGUCCUGAACUUGAAGGUAUGAAGUUAAUAAAAUCUGUACUUAAAAGGGAAUCUGAGGAAUUAGAACAACAGAUACUAGAAGAUUGUGAUACUUUACCACGUUCUAUAUUAAAAUCUAAUGUAAAAUUGGAAGAAAAUAAAACAGGAAGCAUAAUGGAAAAUAAUUAUUCUACACAGUAUGAUUUGAGUUGUGCCUAUACUGGGAAGGAUAACCAUACAGAAGGUAGGCAAUAUGAAAUUAAACAAAAACAUACAGUGCCUUUUCACAAAAAUAGUACUCAGGAUGAAUUAAAUAGAACAAGAUUCAAAUCUGCAUUAGAUGACGUAGAUAAUAUUCAAACUAUAAUUACUACAUCUAAGAAACAUGAAGAAACACAUCAAACAUCUGGAGGUGAGACAUCCUCUGUAAGUCAUGAAACAUGUAACAUAAAAGAUGAAGCUGUGCCUCCUUAUCAUCAGCCUAUUUUUUCAAAACAAACCAGGUAUGCUUCAUUGUUGAAGAGUGCCAGUCAUCACGCGAUUAGCAACAAAAUCAACGAAAGUGAAUCAAGUAAUCCAACAAUACAAAAGCAGCAUGCUGUAGCUCUCCCAGGAUUAUAUCGUAGUGCAACGCAAGCAAUACCAACAAUAGAUACUAAUGAUGGUCCAAGCAUGAGUAUUGCAGAACGGUUGGCUGCUCUGCAACGUAGCGGAAAUACAAACUGGAAGCGACGUAUAGCACCUGAGAUGUCUAAUUUAUCGGAUGCACUGAACUCUAAUUCAUCUAAUAAAGAAGAAUUGAGUAUCAAACAAGGAGUACUUGCCGAUUGUCUUGGAAAAUUAGAAUCCGCUACAGAGGGAUGGAAGAAGAGAAUAGCUGCUUCGGAUGCAACGAAGUUUACAGUAGCUGGCAAAAUGAAGGUAGAAAAGCCAGAAAAGUUAGAUCCAGGACCAUCUUCGCCCCUUAUCGAAGUUACAGGAAACAUUAUAGAUAGAAAGAAGAAAACGCCUCGUCCUGAACGAUUUAGAGCGAAAAAAGGAUACGCGAAAGAUAUUGUAUCUACUCCAACUAGUCCAAAUAAGGAUUCAUGUAUUAAAUUACGAGGAAGCUUUUCUGAACCUACAAGCGAUGAUAGUGGAGAGGAAUUAAAAACAGAGAAAAAUGUGUCACCUGUUGUCCCAGUACCUAAAAUAGAUGAUGAAACGUUCACCUCCUUCUUUACUGGAAUUUCAUUAGAGAAAUGCGAGGCUGAAUCUGUUGAUUUAAAUGAAAGCGAUUUUGAUAUGAUUACAACACAAUCCGAAUUACUGGUUCAAAAACGAAAUAUACGGUUGAAACGGCGACGUAUGAUAUCUAGAAAUCCUCUUAGAACGCUUGCCGCUCGUACUGAUUUGAAAUCAGAGUAUACUGAGAUACGAACUGGUGUUGCAGAAAAAGUAAUGAAACAAUUAAACGUCGAGAAACUAGCUAAAAAUUCAUCGUUAGCUAUGGAAGCUCUAGCUGGCCUAGCUUCUACUGAAGACUUUAGUAAUAUAACAUUAAGGAAUGUAGCAGAAACAAAUAUUUCAACAAAUAGGUUACAACCAUACAAAGACUUAAUGUUACUUUUGAUUAAAGGCAGACGGCACGUACAAGUGAGAUUAGUUGAGCCAAUAGUGGAAAGUAUAAAUAGUGGUGAUAAUUUUGUUCUUGUAACAAAAUCAGAGGUUUAUAAUUACAUUGGAAAGUAUUGCAACGUUAUUGAGAAAGUUCGAGGUGCAGAAAUUGCAAUGAGUAUUCAGCAAAAUAAAGAUCUUGGUUGCCAAGCAUCUCAAGUAAUUACUAUUAAUGAAGAUAAAGUAACUUGUACAAAAAGUCAGUUGCAAAAAUUUUGGAAUUGCCUCGGCGUUGAAAGUGAAAACAUGGAUGUUAUUGAUGGCGGGCAUCCUGAAGAGGAUGAACUUUAUGAAACAUUUAUGAUUGAUACAAAUAUGGUAUAUGAAAUUAAAGAUGAGGAGCUGGUGCCUCUUGAAAAAUAUUGGGGUGGUAUACCAAAAAUUGAAAUGCUUGAUCCAAAUAAGGUGCUAGUAUUUGAUUUUGGUAGUGAAAUGUACAUAUGGAGUGGAAAAGGAGCUUCUGCUGAUAAAAAAAGACUCGCAACGCAUCUUGCUACAGAAAUGUGGCAAGAAGGAUACGAUUAUUCGGAAUGCACUGUAUGUCCAAUUAACGCGGCAUCUAUGAUUGGUAGACGCACCGUAUCAAAAACGGACUUAAAAUUUGCUAAAAGCAGACCUAAAUGGUGUUUACUUGCCAAGUUGACACAGCACGUCGAAACGAUACUUUUCAGAGAAAAAUUCCUUGAUUGGCCAAAUGUUUCUGGUAUAAUACGUGUUCGAGGCACUAAGAACAAAGAGCAAGUUGAUGGAACUAUAACUAUAGAAGUGUGCAAUAUUAAUAAUUUGCUGGAAGAAAAUAUGACUCCUGUUGAUUUAGUUCUUGAAGGAAGUCAUUUGGGCAGAGGCACUGGUUGGUAUGACAAUGAGUUAAUGAAACAAACCAUUGUCACGACAACGGGUGUGCAAGUUUGGCAUAUUGACGAAUUCUCGCAUACUCUUCUGGGUGAUUCAUCUGUUGGACAAUUUUAUUCUGGAGAUAGUUAUAUCGUGCAUUGGAUGUAUUCUAUUACCAUUACUGGGCGUGAGCUUAGUGGUUUACCAUCGAAACAUUCUGCAAAAGGUCGCGAUCGCUCGGUAUAUUUUAUUUGGCAAGGGCAAAAUGCGUCUUUGAAUGAACAAGGUGCUGCAGCAUUACUAACUAUUGAAUUAGACAAUGAUCAAGCGCCUCAGCUUCGGGUAGUCCAAGGGCACGAGCCAGCUGCAUUUCUAAAUUUAUUUUCUGGAGGAAUGAUUGUACAUAGUGGCAAGAAAACGAAUACAAAAUGCGACGAACGGUGGCGAUUGUAUAUAUGUCGAGGUACUUUAGAGUCAGAGGUGUCUUUAAUAGAGAUUCCUUGUAGUACUCGUCAAUUACGGAGCAGAGGUUCUCUUAUAUUAUUAGACACUAAAAACGACAAAAUUUAUGUGUGGCAUGGAUCUAAUACAUUACCUCAUAUUAAAAAGAAUGUAUUUAGUGCAGCGACCAAAUUAAAAGAAAAUCGACCUCAGGAAACGGGCUUGUCGCCUGAAAGUGAUGUAGAAAUUUUUGAAAGUGAUGAGGGAAUGGAACCCGAGGAAUUCAUUACUGCAUUAGGGAGAAUGAACAAAAAACUGUAUGUGUCGUUAGAAAAAGAUGAAUUACAGGAACAUACCCCAAGACUGUUUCAUUUGUCAAGCAUUUCUAAGGAAUUUAAAUCGGUAGAAAUAUUGUGUCCUCAUCGUGCUUCUUUGCCAACUCCAUUUCCUUUUCUGCAGGAAGAUUUAUAUCAAGUGCAUCAACCAGCCUUAUUUUUAUUGGAUAAUAAAAAUGAAUUAUGGAUAUGGCAAGGCUGGUGGCCAAAUACUGGGGCGGAAGAUCAAUCUGGUAGUAAAGCAGUUAGAUGGCAAGCUGAAAGAAGAGCAGCCAUGACAAUGGCCAUGCAGUAUUGGCAAACAAUUCAUCCAGAAACUAAUAAAUAUCCAAUUUAUCUAGUCUGGGCUGGUCUCGAACCUUUACAAUUUAUAAACUUAUUUCCUACGUGGACAUAUCGCGACGAUAUCGCGGAAUUAAAUAUAGAGGAUGGGCGAAAUCCUGGAGAGGUGUUGACUGUUGAAAGCGAAUUGGUGCGCUUAACACAGAGUACGUAUCCUCCAGCUCAAUUAUUACAACGACCACUACCGGAAGGAGUUGAUCCUACACACUUGGAAUUGUAUCUAUCCCAACAACAUUUUCAAGAACUGUUAGGUAUGACUCAAGAAGAAUUUCAAGAACUUCCAGUUUGGAAACAAGUGAACCUUAAAAAAGAAAUAGGGCUUUUCUGAUGAAACGUCCAAACUGCCGAUCCUACGAAAAAUAGC